AUGGACCUGACUGAAAAUGGCCUAGGUCACGUGGAUGACAUCGUCACUAGAGUGUAUCAGUAUCUCCGACUGAUCCGGUCGGAGGAGCCUCACGAAUGGAUCUUCUUGGAGAAUCAAGCUUUGAACAAUCUGCAUUUUCGAUUCAAAGAUAAGGAGCAACCGUAUGAUUACGUGACUCAGUGCGCAUCAAACAUAUUCCGAUACGAACCACAGGAUGUUCUGCGCGGACCAUACGUACUCACAUCGUUUCAACCACAGCUUAUUAAAGAGGUUCUCGGCUGUCUUCAUCCAGACAACGCGCG